AAUAGAAUGAGGGCUGGAUUACUAAAAAAUUAUGGACCAACUCAAGUAUUUCCAGAAGGGAAGUAGGAAAGAGCGUAGUCGCUUUAUGAUAUUACAAAUCAUUACUUAAAGGCUUAAGUUGGCAAGAAUGAUCAGAAAUCGAAAUCAGUUAAUACUUAUGGAGUUGAAUGUACUUUGGAAUAAUACCAUAUUUAGAGCGGGACUUCUAUGAUUAGUUGAGAUUGAAGGGGAAGGAGAAAAAGAUGUAUUGAAUUGUAGAAUUUUCAUGUAGUUAAAAUUAAAGUUCCCACAAACCUAUUUUUAAGUUGAGAGGCGACAAUGUCGUAGCGAUAAAAUCGAAGGAUCGAGAAUUGUACCCUGCAGAUAUCCAAUGGAAUAAUGGGCAGAUUGGUAGAAUAAAGGGGGAGAUUAGCGGGAAAGUUGACAAGAAUUAUGCGAAAGUAAAUAAUAGUAAAAAAUAAGAUAAGAAGAUAUUUGGAGGGGUCAUCAAGUGUAAUUGAUUAUUCAGAAUCCAAGAUGUACGACAAAUUCAAUUCGUAUACCAACAUUACGAAUCAGGAACGAUUUUCAAAGGAUUGUGAUAUCAUGUUCAGAACUAGCAAUAAUGCUUAACCUGGGAAUGUUCAAUCCGUUGGAAGUAUAUAGAGGACUAAAUAUGAGCCGGAUUGGAUUCAAAGAGGGAAAUACUGAUAAUUUAUUUAUAUUGAAAAUGCG